CACAGGUCCUCCCUCACCUCCGCUGAUCCAGACCCAGACCCGGAACCGAACCGAACCACCAGCAUGCCCUACAGCCGCAGCUCCGGGACCCUCUCCUCCCGCUCCCUGGGCGGCUGCCUGCGGUACCCGGCCUCCUCCUGCGGCUCCUUCUACCCCGGCAACGGCUACCCCGGCAACGGCUACCCCGGCAACGGCUACCCCGGCAACGGCUACCCCGGCAGCGUGGCCUACACCCAGGGCCCCUGCCAGCAGGGCUCCCCCGCCUACGGCUGCCAGGAGACCUGCUGGGAGCCCGCCGCCUUCCAGGCGCCCGGCUACGGCCGCCGGUCCUCCUCGCUCUGCCGGCCGCCCCAGGCCUCCUGCCCCGGCUCCUCCGGCUGCAGCGGCGCCGGCUUCGGGCCCUGCGGUUACGGGGGCUCCCGGCCCCAGGCGCUGGGCUGCGGGUCCGGCUACUGCCGCCCCACCUACUUCUCCUCGUCCAGGCCCUAUCAGGGCCCCUCCUUCCAGCCAGCCUGCGGCUCCGGCUGCUACGGACAGACGUACUGACGGCCCGUCCGCGGACGCCUGACCCCUGAGCGGAGCAGCCUCCUGGGACGUCGGGCCUCGGCCUCGGCUGGACCAGGCCCACCGCA